AUGCUCACUUUCAUCAAAAGUCUAGUCUUGUUUGCGAUUUUGACCUAUUCCGUAUCUGCAACAUCUGUGGCAGCUCCGAAUUGUGGGCCAGCCAACAAGGUGACCCUUUCGGAUUGUACCAGUGCCUUGUCUACUUAUAACGCAGACGGAAAUGGCAUGGUCAUUCAAUCCCAGCCCAGCAACCAGAAAUCAUGUGGUGGAUGUCAGAUCAAUGUAUACACCAGAAAUGGUCGUGACCUCAGAUUCUCUAUGCGAGGUGCACAAGAAGCCUUAAAUUCCGUGUUAACAUCAUGUAGAAAUGGAUAUGGGUCUGUUAGUAUUGCUGAGCUGCUCACUCCGGGUCAAAGUUUUAGUCCCACAGUUCUUUCAGUGGAGAAAGGGUCUGGUAGAAAUUGUGGUUCAUAUAGUAAUUAUAAAGCAUAG